CUGAUGGGUCCGUGCAUUUCCAGACAUGCCAGUGAUCGCCCUCAACCAAGUCCUGUGCGUAGUUGGCUCUCGCGCCGUACGCAUCUGAUUCUGAUGUGAUCAUGGCCAAAAGUCGGCCGAGUGUUCAAACUGAAACUUCUUUACACUCUAGACAACUACACAUAGCCAGAACAACAUGUCCACUCCAAUUUCAACCGAAUUCACCAAGUUAUUCAAGAUCACAAGUCCCAUAGUUUCAGCUCCCAUGGCAUAUGCUACGACGCCUGCCCUGGUUGCAGCUGUUAUUAACGCUGGAGGCCUUGGUUUUUUGGGCGCAGGUAAUGAACCUUCACACAAACUGGCCGACGCUAUCGACGAGGCACGCGCCGCAGUUUCUCAAGAUAAGCAACACCUCGUCGGAAUGGGUUUUGUCGGCUGGGUUUUGGACAAAUUCAACACCGAAGCUGAUCCCCGUCUUACAACCGUCCUCAACAAGUCACCUGUCGCUGUCUGGUUCGCAUUCGGCAAAGACCUUGGAAAAUAUGUUUCACAGGUGCGCGCCCAUGACGCCACACGUGAUCACAAAACUCUUGUGUUCGUCAAUGUCAAUACCGUCGAGGAAGCAGUACGCGCUGCAAACGAGUGGAAGGUAGACGUCAUUGUAGUGCAAGGUGCUGAGGCUGGUGGCCGUGGGAGUACCUACUCUCCUCCCACCCAAGAGUUCCUCGAAGCUGUACUCAGUGCGGUUCCCAACGGCCCUCUGGUCAUCGCCGCAGGUGGCAUCACUACAGGCACCCAACUCGCGGCGACGUUGACCGCCGGAGCUUCUGCAGUCGUCCUCGGCACCCGCCUCCUAUUCACACCCGAAUGCAUGUUCCCUGACGAGAUGAAGAAGGUGCUGGUAGAAACUGGCCCUGAUUCGACUGCUAGAAGUCCCGCAUACGAUCUCGCUUUCCCCCCGGGCGUCUGGCCAGACGGAAUUGAGGCUCGCUGCGUCAACAAUGGUGUUGUAGCCGACUACGAGGCCGGCCGCAGUCCUGAAGAGCGCAAGGCCAACAUCGCUAGUGGUCAGAGCGACUACCUUAUAGUCUAUGCUGGUACUGGUGUGGGGGAUGUCAAUGAGAUAAAGAGCACUGCCGACGUGGUUCAUGGUAUUCACGAAGAAGCCGUAGCGGCCUUGAAGUCUUCUGGCUCUCACUUACUUAGGUAAACGCUCGAAGGUGUAAUACAUAAUUAGCAAAAUUUGACUCGUCCACUUAACUCAACUCUACCCUCCACUUUUUUCCCCUUCUCAAUAUCUCGUCGUGUACUUUUAGUUAUCUGUAACAGUACACGUUGGACUGACAAUGUCAAUAAGAUUCAAGUUGUUUAG